AUGCCGUCGAAACAGAAAAAAUCCACAGCUUCAGAAGAAACCGAAGAAGUUGAUGACGAAGUAGAGGAAACGGAGCCAAAGUUAAAGGAGAGGAGCAAAGGUGUGACCCAUGGGGACAGCUCAAAGGGAGAGAAGGGUCGGAAGAAACACAAGAUCGCAGACGACUCUGACAACCAGGAGGCCCAAGAGAAAGAGAAGAAGAAAAAAGAGAGUGAAAAAAGCAAAGAGAAAAAGAAGAAAAAGAAGCAAGAUGAUGAUGCUGAAGCUGAUGCUGUGAUUGAAAAUGAAGCUGAUGAAGGUGAGCAAAACAAUAAUGACCCUAAGACCGAUUCCAAAAAGGAGAAAUCAGAGAAGCUCAAAGAGGAAGUGACUGAGGGAGCGAAGGAGGAGAAGAAGAAAAAGAAGAAGAAAUCCUCCACAGAGAAUCCAGAAGGAGAAGAGGAGAUGGGAUCCAAGGAUAAGAAGUCGAAAGAUGGCAAGAAGAAGAAAAAGUCUCACGAUGAUGACGAGGAGCCGCUGAUUGAGGAGCAGGAAGAGGAGGAAGACUCCAAGAAAAAGAAGAAAAAGAAGGCAAAGAAGGGGUCGGCAGACAGUGAUGAUGAUAAAAAGAAAAAAGGGAAGAAAUCCAAAAAUAAGCAGGUAGACUAUGCUGUGAUCUACCAGAAUGAGCUGCUGGGGUAUCACACUGACUCAUCUGAUGGAUAUGAGGACGAGUACUUCAAAAAGAAAGUAUACGAGGUUGUCGUCGUCACUGGUGACGUGAAAGGAGCUGGGACAGAUGCUAAUGUGUUUGUCACGCUUUUUGGAGAUUUUGGCAUCACACCUAAGGUUCACCUGGCAAGCAAAAGCCGAACUGCAUUUGAGAAGAACAAGACUGAUGUUUUCCGUAUUAAAACACACAACGCGGGGCCCCUGAAGAAGUUGAGGAUCGAACACGAUAACACAGGGAUGAGCGCCAGCUGGUUCUUGGACAGGGUUGUGGUGACCGACAUGAUCCGACCACAUCUGCGCUUCUAUUUCCCCUGCAACAACUGGCUAAGUCGAGAGGAGGCCGACAACCUGUUUGUCAGGGACCUGCUGGGAAGCCUGAACCCCAUGGACGUCCCAAAAUUGAACAAAUACAUAGUGAGUGUGUUCACUGCUGACAUGAAGGGAAGUGGAACUGAUGCUGAUGUCUUUCUCAACAUCUUUGGGGAGAACGGUGACACAGGCGAGAGACGACUUGACAGCGACAACAAAGACAACUUUGAGCGCGGCUCGGAGGACAAGUUUACAAUAGAGGCUCCAAACCUGGGACGGCUGAAGAAAAUCACUAUUGGCCACAACAACAGAGGCUCAUCAGCGGGAUGGUUUCUAGAUAAGGUUGUUAUUGAUGACAUGGGGAAUAAAGAAAUGUAUGAGUUCCCUGUGAAUCAGUGGUUUGCGCUGGAUGAAGCUGAUGGUAAAAUACAGAGGGAUAUUCUAGUUGGAUCCAUGCAGCCGAUGGGCAUCGUUUACAAUGUGCAAGUGAUGACUGGAGAUGUGAGGGGAGCUGGCACCAACUCAAAGAUCCACAUGGUCAUGCACGGCUUCAAGGGCUUAAAAAACAGCGGCAAAAUCUUCCUGGAGGGUGGUUCUUUCGAGCGCGCCCUCAUUGACAUUUUCAAUGUGGAGAUAUGUGAGCUGAUCAGUCCGCUCAGCAGGGUCACCAUCGGUCAUGACAAUGGGGCUGUGGGUGCCGGGUGGUACUGUGAGAAGGUGGUGGUAUACUGUCCUUUCACUGGGAUUGAGCAGACGUUUCCAUGUGGGAUGUGGCUGGAUGAGGACGAAGGAGACGGACUGAUCGAGAGGGAACUGUAUGAGAUGGUUUCCCUCCGACAGAAAAAACAGAAAAAGUACCCCUGGUCCUUGUGGAUUUGGACAUCAGAUAUUAAAGGUGCAGGAACUGAUGCUCAGGUGUUUCUGCAGAUCUAUGGAGAGAAGGGAAAGUCUGAUGAGAUCAAACUGGAAAACAAUUCAGACAGUUUUGAACAAGGCCAGGUGGAUAAAUUUAUGAUUGAAAUGCCUGAUAUUGGAAAACUGUUGAAAGUGCGCAUCUGGCAUGAGAAGAGGCACCCAUUCGCUGGCUGGCAUUUAGCGAAGCUCACUUUGCUGAAAACCCUGACGAUGGAGAAAUAUUCUUUUGAUUGUGGCCGUUGGCUGGACAUCAAUGAAGAUGACAACGAGAUCGUCAGAGAAAUUCCAGCCACCAGUACGGUCAUCGAUGAACCACUGCCCUUGAUCAAGUAUCGUGUCACAAUCUGCACCGGUAACGUUGGCGGCAGCGGCACCGAUGCUACGGUCUUCCUCAACGUCAUUGGUGACCUUGGUGACACAGGGGAGCGCCUCAUGAUCACGAGCAAAAACAACGUCAACAAAUUUGAAAAGGGCAAUCAUGACGAGUUUCUCAUUGAGGCUGUGUCUGUGGGUCCGGUACGCAGAGUGCGUGUCGGCCAUGAUGGCCGCGGCGGAGGCUGUGGUUGGUACCUCGACAAGGUGAUGGUCAGGGAGGAGGGCCAGCCGGAGAGCGCAGCCGUUGAAUUCCCAUGUGACAGGUGGUUGGAUCGCAAUGAGGAUGAUGGACAAAUUGUUCGUGAGUUAGUUCCAGCUGGGGAUGGUCUGCGUCUAUUUAAUGUGGGCUACCACAUAGCAAUCAAGACGGGCAGUGUUAACGGGGCCAGCUCAGACUCAAGGGUGUUUGUCAAGCUGUACGGUGAAAAGGGCGACACUAACAAGAUGAUACUGGCGGUUUCUGACAACGACCUCAGGAACUACUUUGAGACGGCUCGUACUGACAUCUUCACCAUAGACACCUUUGAUAUCGGACGGAUCAACCGUCUCCUCAUUGGUCACACUAAUGAGGGCUUGCGGGCUGGAUGGUUUCUGGACAGCGUGCAGAUUUCUGUUCCGGUUCAUGGGAUGCAGUAUAUGUUCCCAAGCCACCGUUGGCUCUGCAAAGAUGAAGCUGAUGGAAAAGUGGAAGUCGAGAUCUAUCCCAGCGAGGUCUUGGAGAUUGAAAAAUUGAUCAACUAUGAAGUAACAGUCGUCACGGGGGACGUGCGUGCAGGUGGCACCAAUGCAAACGUCUUCUGUCAGAUCUACGGCGAGGAAGGAAAAACUGAAGUUCUCACUCUAAAGAGUCGUUCCAACAAUUUUGAACGUGGCACCACUGAGAUCUUCAAGAUUGAGGCUCAGGAUGUCGGUAAGAUCUACAAGAUACGUAUCUUCCAUGACGGUAAGGGCAUCGGAGACGGAUGGUUCCUGGAGACGGUGGACAUCAAACGGCUAACGAUGGCUAUGGUGCAGGUUGAGGUGAAGAAGGAGGACACCAAGAAAGACAAGAAGAAGGACAAGAAAAAGAAGAAAAAGGAUGAAGAGAGUGAGGUGGAGAUUGUUGAACAGCUGCAGGAAGUGGUGGAGACUUAUGCUUUUCCCUGUAAUCGCUGGCUGGCCAGAGACGAGGAGGACAAGGAGAUUGUGGUGGAGCUGCUGACGGAGGACAAUGAAGAACUGGAGGUUAACUCAUAUGAGGUCCAUGUUUUCACUGGGACUAUGUGGGGGGCGGGGACUGAUGCCAAUGUUUACAUCAAUGUCUAUGGAGAGACUGGCGACACAGGAGAGCGACAGCUCAGGAGGUCAAACAACCUAAACAAAUUUGAGAAAGGCAAGGAGGACAUUUUCAACAUCACAGCGGUCGACCUGGGGGUCCUGAAGAAGCUGAGGAUCAGACACGACAACAGCCAGGCCAGCGCCGGCUGGUUUCUGGACCGGGUGGAGAUUGUGGACAACAAAGAUGAUACUACGUAUUUUUUCCCAUGUAAACGCUGGCUGGCUGUUGAUGAGGAUGACGGACAACUUGCCAGAGAGCUUGUUCCUGUGGAUGAGGCCUUUAUGAGGAAAGUGGAUGAUGAUGAAGAGGACUCUGAAGCCACACUGGGUCUGGAACAGAAAGCCAUGUCAACGACAUACACAAUGAGGAUAAAAACUGGUGACAAAAAGUAUGCAGGGACUGAUGCUAAUGUCUUUAUGACCCUGUACGGCACCAAGGAUGACACAGGGAUAAUAAACCUGAAAUCCUCAAAGACUCAUAAGAAUAAGUUUGAGCGGGGAAUGAUCGAUGAGUUCAUUGUUGAAGCUGUGGACAUCGGACCGCUGAAGAAGCUACGUGUCGGACAUGACAAUUGUGGAGGUGGAUCAGCAGGCUGGUUCCUUGACUGGGUGGAGAUCGAUGCUCCGUCUCUUGGACAAAAGCUGCGGUUCCCCUGUGGUCGCUGGUUGGACAGAGGGGAGGAUGAUGGCGCCAUCAUCAGGGACCUUUUUCCUAAUCCUCUUCAGACAGAGCUUUACACACCAUUUGUACCCUAUGAGAUUAAAACCUUCACAAGCGACGUAUUCGGAGCUGGCACAGACGCAGAUGUCUUUAUUGUCCUGUACGGGAGGGAUGCAGUUUGCACCCAGCAGAAGUCUCUGUGCGUCAACAAGAGGGAGAGGAUGAUGUACUUUGAGAGAGGAGCUGAGGACAUGUUUAUUGUUGAGCUAGAAGACGUGGGGGAUGUAAUUGAGAAGAUCCGCAUCGGCCAUGACAACCGCGGGGUCAACCCAGGCUGGCAUCUGGACCGAGUGGAGAUCAGACGUCUGCUCAGGAAAGGAAAGGGUUCAGAGACCGUCAUCUUCCCCUGUGAGCGCUGGCUUGCCAAGUCAGAAGAUGAUGCAGAGACAGUGAGAGAGCUGGUGCCAUCUGACAUCAUCACUGAGAAACUGUCACGAGACGGGAGCCUCAAAGUCACUGAAGUGGAGGUGGAGGACGCCCUGGAGACACACACAUACACAGUGUCAGUGAUGACAGGUGAUGUCUACGGGGCUGGAACUGAUGCCAAUGUUUUCCUCACGAUUUAUGGGGACCUGGGAGACACCGGGGAGAGGAAGCUCAGCAAGUCAGAGACGAACAGCAACAAGUUUGAGCGAGGAUCUGUGGAUAAGUUCACCCUGGAGGCCGUCGACCUGGGAAAUGUUUUCAAGAUUAAAAUCCGCCAUGAUAACAGUAUGAUGAGUGCAGACUGGUACUUGGACCAGGUGGAGGUGGUUGACGUGGAUACAGAGGAGGUCUUUCUCUUCUUAUGUGAACGCUGGCUGUCCAGGAAGAGGGAGGAUGGACGCAUUUGCAGGGUUUUCUAUGUCAAGGGUUAUGAAGGAGUUAGAGAGGGUCUGAACAGUAAGAAGAACUCGGCUCUGAUGGUGAAAAGUGUCGACAGCAACAUGAAUAAAAAGAGCAAAAAGAAGAAGGAGGAAGAAAUCGAGCUUCCAAUCAUACCGUACCACGUAACCAUCAGUACGGGACUGGAGCGUGAUGCCAGCACCACCAGCAGGGCUUAUGUGAUUAUUAUCGGGGCCAAUCACACCCAGACAGAGAGGCUGUGGCUGGACCUGUCGGACGGGAGGAAGGGCUUUGAGGCCGGCUCUCUGGAGAGCUUCGAGGUCCACAGUUCAGAUGUGGGCGAGAUCAAAAAGGUCGAGCUCGGUCAUGAUGGGGCCACUCCUGAGAGCUGCUGGCUGGUUGAUGAGCUGUCUGUUGCUGUGCCAACCAAAGGGGUCAAAUACAUCUUUGCUUGCAAGUGCUGGCUCGCCAAAGAUCGAGGAGACGGGUUGACUGCGAGAGUGUUCAACGUGCUUGAUGCAGAGAACGUUUCUAUCUCCCAGAAGGUUAUCUACGAGGUCACCGUGGUAACAGGAGACGUGCAGAACGCAGGAACAGACACACUGAUCUACAUGUCUGUGUUUGGAGCCAACGGCAGCACGGAGGAGAUGCUGCUUCAGAAGAAUGAGGACAGGUUCGAGCGCGGUCAGGAGGAUACUUUCAACAUGGAGAUCGAUGACAUCGCCCCACUGCGGAAAAUGAGGCUUCGAAUCGACGGCUCUGGUAGUCGGCCUGACUGGUUCCUGGAUAAGGUGAUCACACGUAACUUGACUUCAGAAGAGGUGUCCGUGUUCACCUACGAGGAGUGGCUCUCCAAGACAAGAGGACCAAAGAGAACCAUGAUCUGUGAGAUGGCUGCAGUGGUGGACGGGGAGACGAUGGUGGAGCUCACCACCUACAUUAUACAGGUCAAGACUAGUGACUGUGCAGGGGCAGGCACCGACGCCAACGUAUGGAUCAUCGUUUUCGGAGAGAACGGAGACACUGGGACACUGGCGUUAAAAGAAUGCAACAAGUCCAACAAGUUUGAGCGCAAGCAGAUGGACACGUUUCGCUUCCCGGAUAUCCUUAGCAUGGGAGAGCUCUCCAAAGUACGAGUGUGGCACGACAACUCAGGUCCUGCCCCAGGCUGGCACCUGGAUUAUGUUGAUGUGAAGGAUGAGACCAUGGACAAAACAUUUCGUUUCCCCUGUGAUCGCUGGCUUGCCAAAAAUGACGAUGAUGGACAGAUAAUGAGAGAGCUGGCCUGUGCUAACAACGACUACUUAGAUCUCGACGAGAAGACAAAGUAUGAAAUUUGCACCACUACUGGAGACAUGGUGGAUGCUGAAACCAAAGAAAAUGCCUGGAUCGUACUCGAGGGGAAGAAGGGCCGAUCAAAAGAAUUCGUAAUGGAGAACUCCUCAAAGAAGAAGAGGUUCCUGCGGGGGAAUGUCGACAGGUUCGAGUUUUCAUCCAAGAAUUUAGGCGACAUUGUUGGUAUCUGUCUGGGCCACACACCAAAGGAUGGGAAGAAGGUGAAGGGGGAGGUUUUCUGGUUCGUGGAGGAGAUCGUCGUCACUGAAAGGGAGCUGGGAAACAAGUACAUCUUCAGCUGUAAAGCCGCCAUCCCUCUCUCUCCAAAAAGGGAUGAUUUCUUGACCUUUGAGUGCACAAAGGCCAUUGAAAGCUUUGCCAGUAAAGCUCGAAGCCUUGUGCCUGUCAAGUACGAGAUAAUCGUUAUCACGGGCGAUGAGAAGGGAGCGGGUACAGAUGCCAAUGUUUUCAUCACCGUCUACGGCUCAAACGGAGACUCGGGCCGCCGGCAGCUGAGGCAGAAGUUUCGUAACCUUUUCGAGCGUGAGCAGACGGACCGUUUCGUCCUGGAGAUGCUGGACAUGGGGGAGCUGCAGAAAGUUCGAGUAGAGCACGAUAACUCUGGUCUGAGCCCCGGCUGGCUCCUGGAUCGUGUCGAAGUCACAAAUACGGCCAACGGUGUCACCACCAUCUUCCUCUGUGGGAAGUGGCUGGACACCAAGAGGGCAGACGGACAGAUCGUCAGGGUCCUGCACCCAAAAUAUUAGAAAGAGCAUUAUUUAUAUGUGAGAGAAGAAAAACUACCACAGCAGAGAGCUCUCCACUCAUGCUUUAUAACCAAAGAGAUCCUCUUCUGGCACGUUUAUAUCUCAGGAACUGAGACAUAUUUUUACA